CCAGCAUGAAAUGGUUUUGAGCAUGCUGCUUGCUGCCUUCAGCACCUAACGGUGCCAUCAGACACAGCCACAUGCUCCAAACCAGUGCACUAUCCCCUGAGCAGAGUACCCACUGUGCUGUCAGGCAAGGGGAGAGCACAGGGAAAGCACUGGGAAAUGGAAACGUGGUUGUUGAAAUGGUAGUUUGUGUGCCUGCACAGCUACAGCUCUGCCCUGUGCUGUGAAUUUUGGGCUCAGGAGCAGGCUGCUCACCUUGCGGAGUCCUUGCCAUGUUUUGGCUCUCUGAGCAGAUGGGCCAUUCCUGGCUGUGGUGCGCGUCUGAGAUGGAGUCUCCCAGCGACUCAGAGAAGAACAGUGACUUCCAGUCUGUUCUCAGCUGGGAUUCAAGCUUGGAUCUGGAACUGGGAAGCUGGCGGAACACUGAAGAGGUGGCCUUGCGGAAGCUGGAGGAGAGCAGCCAGGAGACAGACUACAGGCCAAAGUUCAGUGAUCCUCUCUGGGAGGAUGAUAGCGAAGACUACCCAAAAGCAGAGAGGCAAUGUGAUGAUGAAAGUCUUCUCCAGUUCUUCUCAGAGGUAACCCAGUUGAUGGAACCUCUCCGCAUUAGCUGCACAGAUUCAGCUCAGACUCCACAGGAUUAUUCUGGCUCUGGAAAACAGGGUGAUGGAGAAGAUGUAAGAUGCCAGGAAAAGACCACAGGGGCAGUAGUCUCAAGAGCAGAGGAAAGUCAUCUGCAUGUCCUGGCAAAAGACGAGAAAGAACACCUCCUGGGAAGAGAGGCCAAGACUCAAGGGGCACCUGGAGAUGAAGCUUUAGGUGAGCCAUGUGAUCAGGAGAGUCAUUGGGCCCAGGAUCAAGACGAUAGUGAUGGUACCUCUGCAGAUCCCAUGCUGGGCGCCACAAGUCCUGCCAACAUGCAGAUGAUGCAGCUGAGUUGGGAUAACCCCAUGCAGCAUUCACACUUCAAAAGAACCGUCCUGUCCAUCUGGAAGAUGAUAGCCAGUCACAGAUACAGCGGCCCAUUCCUGAAGGCGGUGUCAGAAAAACAAGCCCCGGGAUACAGGGAUGUGGUGAAGAGGCCCAUGGAUUUAACCAGCAUAAAGCGAAGCCUGUCCAAGGGGCACAUCCAGUCCAUGGCCCAGUUCCAGUGCAGCCUGAUGCUCAUGUUCCAGAACGCGGUGAUGUACAACAGCUGCACCCACCACGUGCACCGCAUGGCCCUGGAGAUGCAGCGGGAGGUGCUGGAGCAGAUGCAGAUGCUGGGUGAAGCCCUCCUGUGCUCGGAGGACAGGCUGCGGCUGGGCCGGAGGUGACGGGGUGCUGGGGGCACUGGGAGAACUGGGAGCACUGGGAGCACUGGGGACACUGGGAGCACUGAAGGCACUGGGGGCCGUGCCCUGAAGAGCACUGGGAACGCAGGGAGAACUGGGGGGGCACGGUGGGGACUGGGGGGCACUGGGAGCACUGGGGGCCCUGCCCCAAGGAGCAGUGAGAGCACUGGAGGCACUGGGAGCUGUAGGAGUACUGGGGACACUGGGCACACUGGGAGCACUGGGGCAGCACUGGGAGCACUAGGGGGACUUGGAGGGUACUGGGAGCACU